GACUAACGAUAAACUAGGAUAUUACUUAACAUGCCUACAUUAUCCGAAAGUUCAAAGCCACCCAAUGGAGAUAACGAUUCCUCAGAUUUAAAACAUUCACAGAAUUACUUGCCGACCAAUAACACUAUUUUACAUGAUACCAACGUUUACGAAAAUCAAAUUGAUUCAGAAGGUGAACAAUGCGUAAACAAUCAUUUCAAAGUUGAUGGUCUGAUACACGGUGCUGGAGUACCAGUAAAACCCAAAUAUGCCUCUGAAGCACGCAUUUGUUUUCCAAGUAAAUGGUCUAAAAGCAUAGAACCAACGCUUAUAUGUAUAAACGCAUUGGAUGAUUUUUAUAAUCAGCAACAAAUAUGCGUACUUGGAUGUAAUUUGUGUGAUUCAGAGGAAAAACGGAGUUCAUUUCAUAAUCAAAAUACUGAAUGGACUUGUAAUCACGAAAAUCAAAGUAAUAAUCAUCCUCAUCAGCAGGACCAAAACAGUAAAAGCGAUCUAUUACAUAAACAAAUCAAUGAGUUAACUGAACGUGAAAGUUACAAAAUUAAGUGGGUUGAAAAGCGCAACGAAUAUGAAAGUGAAAUCAAAGAGUUAAGAAAAGCCAAAGAAAAGGCCAUUCAGCAAAAUAUCAAGUAUGAGGAACAGAUAACCGAAUUAAAAAAUAAGCUCAGUUCAAAACAAGAACAGAUACGCAAUUUAUUGAUUGAAUUAGAACAAUCUAAUCAAAGAUUAAAUGUAAUCGAAACACAAUUCAACGCUUACAAAUUACAAACUAGUCAGAAUGAAGAGAAUUACCAAACCUUAUCGCGUGAAUUCGUGAUUAUGAAACAGUGUAAAGAGCAAGCAGAAUUGAAUGCAAAAAAUUGUGAAAACAAUCGGUUACUAUAUGAGAGAAGAAUGAAAGAAUUGGAUGACAAUUAUGAACAAAGUAAACAACGUUAUUAUGACGAUAUAAAAGGACUAAUGAAUCAAUUGGAUAUGGAACGUUCAAGAGCUGAUGAACUCUUGCAAAAAAUUGAACAUAAUCGCCGCCAAAAUGAAGAACAACUUAGAACCAUCGAACAAACUCAACAGAAGAAACUAGAUGCAUUUCUGGAAGAUGGUCAAAAGGAGUUAAGAAAACAGCUAGCUGAAGCGAAUGAACAAAUUAAGGAGCAACAAAUAACAAUAUUUAAUCAAGAAUUAAAAAUUUCUACAAUGGAUUCAGAUAAAAAUGAGCUCAUAAAAAUCAAUCAAAAAUCAACAGAUGAACAAUUAGAUCUUCGUGAAAAAAUUAGGUUGAUUGAAAAUUUGUUAACAGUAAAAGAUCAAGAUAUUUCAAUGAUGCAAUUUGAAUGUCGUCUUUAUGCUGAUAAAUUAAAACAAACUGAACUAGAAAAAAAUCAUUUCAUUGAAAAAGAACGAUUUAUAAAACAAAGAUAUCAAGUAAGAUGAUAUAGCAUAUGAGCUUCGAUUCACGCUUCCUAUUUAUAUCAUAGUGUGCAUAAGUUUGUUUCAUGAAUUUUUAAAACUUGUAUA